CGGGCAGCUGGAAGAGAGGCUGAAUCUCAUAGAGCAUGCUUGAAACAUUUUACAUCGUGCGAAAGAUAUGGUACAUGAUCAUUGCCGUUAUCGGUGUUCCUGUGAAUUUAGUGGCGAUUGUGAUCCUGUCCCGUGGCAAAUGCGGCAUUUCCACCUGCACAACUCGCUACCUGAUGGCCAUGGCAAUGGCGGAUCUACUAACCAUCAGCUUUGAACUCAUAUUAUGGCGGGUCAGUUAUUACUACUUCCCCGGGACCUUACUGGAUAUCACCCCCGUGUGCAGUGUGAUCUCUGCCUUGGGAUUUGCAGCCAUGGACUGUUCUGUCUGGUUCACCGUCAUGUUUACAUUUGAUCGGUUUGUCGCCAUCUGUUGUCAGAAACGGAAAGCAAAGUAUUGCACGGGGAAAACUGCGGUUGUGGUUCUGACAACAACCGGCAUUCUGUUCUGUUUUAAAAAUUUGCCCGACUUCUUUAGAUAUCGUCCUAUGAAAGUGGUUGGCAAUAUACCCUGGGAUUGUAUUCCAAAGCCAGGAUACUAUACGGAUCCCGG